AUGCCUUCAGCUUCGCCCCGGUCCGAAUCCAUCGCAUCGGCUCUCGCCGAGUUGGACGAACAGGGCCCUUCGCGCCUAUACCAUAUCUACAGGAAGCCCUUCCACCAGCGCUAUGAGAUCAAACCUACAGACGAUCAAACAUUGUAUUACGGAGAGGUUUCCUUGUGGAAUAUCAAAAAGUUCGAUAUCACUCUGCACGCGGGGGACAGCAACAAAGGCCCCGUGGUGGCUGUCAGCAAGUUCCUCAAGUUCUCGGGCGACUGCAAGUUGGGUCUGGGAAACCCCGACGACGGGAAUGCUCAGUGGGAGGACAUGACCAGAAAAUCCGUCAUGCAUGUGAAAUAUCGGUUUGAGAUGACCGUGCCGAGCCAGAUAGGGGACCCCAAUGGCGAAAGGCGCUCUUUUCUCUGGAAACACACGCGGCAUGUCAAGGUGGAGGAUGACUCGACUUCUCUCAUGAGGGGAGUGCGAAACUUCAAGCUGGUUGAUGAGCGAACGGGUCGGCUUAUGGCCGUCUUCACCCGCGAGAGAUCUACCGCUAAAUGCGGAAAGCUUCAGAUCAACGGAGGAUACGGGGAAAUCUUUGACAGAAUGGUCUUGGUUUCCUGCGUGAGUCUAUAUGAGAGAGCAAGACGCCGCAACAGAUCAGCAGGCGCGGGUGGUGGUGGUGGAAGCUGA